ACAAAUAUCGCGAUGAUGAGGCAACAUGUCGUUUGAGCGCGUUUAACUCAAAAAAAAAAAACAUUCGAUUAUCUUGUUACUAUACAUUUUUAUCACGUUGCUAAGAAUUAAUUUAAUUUCCGAGAAAAAAAAAUAUUACAAAUCAAAUUUUCGAAUCAUGCCACUAUUGACCAGAACAAAACGUAAAAAUCCAUCGAUUAAUCAAUCGACAGCAUCCAUUGUGGAUAGUGAUCUUUCCGGACAAAUCGAAACUGUACGAGAAAUCGAAGAAUCUGACGAAAAUGAAAUUGGAAGUCCAUUAAAAAUUGCUCGUUUCUCAAAUCAAAAAUUAUUAGCCGAGAAAAAUAAUUUUACCAAUUCAGCUUUACAACAUACUAAUCAAGUGCCAAAAAGUGAUAAAAAACAGACAAAAUCAGAUACAUUUCAACAAGAAUCAAUUCGGUCAUCUGAUAUUGAUCUUGAUUCUGGUAACAUUUCUAAUGUUGAUGAUUUGUUUGAUCGACAAGAUGAAAAUUCGAAUUUCAAUGAACAACUUUUAGAUGAUGAGGAACCGAUCUUCAAUGACAUCGAUAACAACAAUAAUGAUGAUGAACAUGACGAAUAUAAUCCGACCAUUGAUUCAAACCGUAUAAGUGAACAACAAAUUUCCACCUAUAAAAAUACAUUGACCGCAAAUACUGCCUUUAAUUCAAAUCAAAAUUACGUCACCGGUGAAAUUGGACAUAUCCGUGAGAUACAGUUGAAAAAUUUCAUGUGUCAUAAAAACUUUCGUUUAGAAUUUGGACCUAGAAUUAAUUUUAUUGUCGGUCAAAAUGGAAGUGGGAAAUCUGCAAUCUUGAUCGGAAUUGUGUUGUGCCUUGGUGGCCGUGCAUCUUCCACAAAUCGUGGCUCAGGACUUUCAUCGUUUAUUAAAAAUGGAGAAUCACGAGCCCAAAUAAUAUUGAAAAUUGCCAAUUUUAUUGAAGGACAAUCGACAAAAGAAGAAAGCUACAAAUAUGAUCGAUAUGGAAAAAGUAUUAUUAUAGAACGUACAAUCAACAUAAAUGGUUCAAGUUCCUACAAAUUGAAAUCCGAAAAGGGUUCAAUUGUUUCAGAAAAAAAAGAAGAACUAGAUAAUAUUCUUGCUCAUCUUGGCAUUUUUUACGAUAAUCCAAUUUGUAUCCUUACACAAGAAGUUUCGAAAAAUUUUCUCAAUUCAAAAAGUGUAUACGAUAAAUAUAAAUUUUUCAUAAAAGCUACUCAAAUCGAAGAAACAAAACAAUCUUAUCAAAAUUGCCUUGAAAAUCAUGGCAUUACCCAGAAAAUAAUUACCGAAAAAAAUGAAUUGCUGAAAUCGUACAAGGCUCAACUAGAAAAAUAUCGUGGACAAGUUGAGACUGUUGAAAUGCUACGAAACAAUGUGAGCAUUAUGAAACGAUUAAAUGAUGAAGAAUAUUGGGCUUGCAUCAAUGAAACUCGCAAAGAAUUGGAUGAAAAAAAAGCAAAAUUGAAUGUUGAAGAAAAAAGUAUCGAAACAAAUGCUGAUGAAAUAUUCAAUAUUAAACGUGAAAUUGAUGAAAUAAUUCGACAAAAAGAGGAACUUGAUGAACGUUUGAAAAAUUUUGGUUCUAUCGUGAAACAAAUGCAGAAUGAUUUGCAGGAGGCAAAGAACGAUGCAGAUCAAAUGUCUUCACAAUUAGUCAAGAAAGAAGCUGAAGUUAAUACUGUUAAAAGAGAAAUAAAUAUUCGCCGUAGUGAGAUCAAUGAUAUUAGUGAAAAAAUUGCUUAUAUUGAAAAAAAUAGUCAAGAUUGUCCGGAAUCAAGUUGGGAAGAACGUAUCCAGAAACUUAAUGAAGAAUUAAACAAUAAAAAAUUCGAACAGGAUUCAUUGAAGUCAAAAUUAGCCGAAUUGCAACAACACAAAGAUGAAUAUGACAAGGAGAAAGUUCGUUUCAAAGAAGAGGUUCAGAAAAAUCAAAUUAACAUGGAUGUUUGCCAACGCGAAAUCAAGCGAUUAACUGGCGAUGGUAACAAUCGUCUUAGACGUUACGGUGCUAAAUUUAGUGAAUUGAAUGAAAAAAUUGAUUUAUUAUACAAAAACAAAAAAUUUCAUCGUAAACCAUUUGGACCUAUUGGUGAAUAUAUCCGAUUAAAUGACAGUAAAGAUGCAUAUGCUGUUGAAUGCUUACUGAAAAAAAUGCUUUAUGCCUAUGUUGUCGAUAAUAACAAUGAUGCUAACAUACUAAAAGAUCUCAUUAGUCGUUUAUUCACUAGUCCAACUGAUAUGCAAAAUAAGCCAACAAUUAUUAUUCGAAAAUAUGUCCCGUUACAUGAUGUAUCAAGAUCUCAGGCAACCUCAACAAAUUAUAAAAAUUUUCUUCAAUUGAUGAAUAUCAAGAAUGAAGACUAUCCAGUUGCCAAUUGUCUUAUCGAUCAUUUAAAAAUCGAACAAAUUUUGUAUAUCCCGAAAUUUUCAGAAGCUCAACGUGUUUUGUCUCGUCGAGAAUUGGUACCGAGAAACUGUUGUCGCGGCUAUACAUCUGAUGGGGAUGUGAUGUUUCCAUCCACCAACCGAAGUGAUUACAAAUGCUAUCCAAACAAAAAUCCCAAUAAGUUUGCUAGGAUUUUAGUCAGGGAUUCUACAACAACUAUUGAACAUUAUAAAAACCAAAUUAACGAUCUUAAGAGAAAAAGUGAAGAAUUAUAUCGGGAACAAACGGAACAUAACGGUUUGAUAGAAGAUAAUAAAAAAGAAAUCGCAUUAAUUCGGCAUAAAAUUAAUCAAUGUGAUAUUGAUCUGCAUAACAUGGAAAGUAAGCGUUCGGAAAUGGAGGCAAAAGCUGCAAUCAGACCUGUGGAAGCUGUUGCAUUGAAAGAGGAAGUUCUCAAACUUGAAGAAGAACGAAAGGAAUUUGAAAACCAACUACAGGAACUGACAAACGAACGUAAUGGCCUGAAAGAUCAAUAUAAUGACUUGUUGAAUAAAUCUAUCCAAAAACAACGAGAAUAUAAGAAACUUUCCGAAUCACGUGAUCCUAUGAUUGAACAAAUUGAAGAAUUGAACGAUAAACAAAAAAAUCUUUUGGAUAGAUCAGAAAUCAAAGCUAAUGAUCAACAAAUCUUAUUGCAGUCGAAAUUAAAGCUCGAACAUGAGAUCGAAGUUUAUGAGAAAAAACUUCAUGAAGAAGAAGUUAAGGCGUUAGAGGUGACCGAAACACCAAUUGAAACAACAAGAAGUUCGGCAGAAAUCCAGAAAGAACUGAAACGAAUGCAAUCGAUGAUUCAAGUUAAUGAGCACUUGUUAGAUCCAAAAGUUCAAGAACAGAUAUAUAAAUCAUAUAAUGAACUGAGCAAUUCGAUUUGUGGUGUCGAGAAUGAGUUGGAUAAUAUUAAUGAACAUUUCGUUGAAUUGAAAAAAUCAACUCAUUUACGUCGUAUGGCUUAUCAAAACAUGUUGAUAUUCAUUGCAAGAUUAGUCAAUAUCCAUUUUCAUGAAUUUCUGAAACAGAAAGAAUUCGUAGGACGUAUUGAUAUCAAUUUUAAUGAAUCAUCUAAAGAUAAUGAUAAAGGUAAAGGUAAAUCAAAAGCAAAAACAUUGGACCUUAUCAUUAAACCACGAAUAUCCUCAAAAAAUUCACAACAUCAAUCCAAUAACGAAAUUCAAAGCUUUUCAAGUACAAAAAGUUUAUCGGGUGGUGAGCGUUCAUUUUCGACAGUCGCUUUUAUAAUCUCAUUAUGGCAGAUUUGUCAAUCACCAUUCAAAAUUCUUGAUGAAGUCGAUGUUUUCAUGGACAUGGUUACAAGACAAAUUGCAUUGGAUAGUUUGGUGGAAUUUGCUGCUAGCAAAUCGAGUAAACAAUUUAUCUUUCUUUCGCCAUUAUCUUUACAACAAUUUAAUCACAGCGAAUUUAUUAAAAUUUCUCAAAUGCCUGAACCGGAAAGAAAAUGAACAUAUAAUGUAAAAUUUGUACAAAAGUACAAUUUAGUUUAUUGAUGUAAAAAAAAAUUAAUCCAUAAAUACGAAAUA